UUGCAUCGAUUUGAACUCCCGUGUGCGGAGCGGAGUGUGCGCAGAGGAGAUUCCUUUCUCUCUGAGACUGUCGAAAUUCGUCUCCAGCUCCAGGUUCCCGGAGGAACUGAGGACCAAGGUUCCUGGAUUACCCAGCGAAGAACUGCUGUUCCCCCGAGUUCUGCCUGAUCACAGAGAGCUGAUGGCGAAUCGAGGCGACAUCGCUCGGCUCUGCGCUAAUCUGUCGCGGAUGGGCGUCGAGAUCAAGCCGGAGGAAUUGCAGAACCUCUCGAGAACGACAACCUUCAGAGUGAUGACGGAUUUCACCAAUGCGGCUUUUCUGGUCUCACCUGAGUGCAUGAAUCAGCAGUUGGCCAUCUCGCUAGACAAAUACAAUGUCAAUUCCGCUGCAAGUCCUUUUAUUCAGAACAGAUGCAUACUCUGGGAAGAAGCGCUCGCUUUGCUGAGCAAAGGGGGGUCAAUGAUUUUCGACUUCAACGACUUGAUGAAACCCGACACGAAAAAGUUCAACCAGAUGCUCCAGCAAAUGCUGAAAUAUCUCUUCUACGCGGCGAAGCUUUAUGACGCGACGAGCGACGAAUGUCAAUCACUUGAAGAACUUGCGGAGGAAAUCGAGAAGCAGAGACUGCAUCUCGAGCAGGAUAAGGACGAACUCCGCAGUAACGAGCAACGAAUAGCUCAACUCAAGGAAGCCAAAAUCGACGAGGUCUUCAAUCGAGCUGUCGAGCAGCGAGACGAGAGCCUGGAGAAGGCCAUGAGAUUGCAGAACGAAUAUGCCGAGCUCAAACUGGUCCUGGAGAAGGAACAGGAGCAGCUGUCCCAAAGUCAAGAACAAUCCACUGCACAUGAGCACCAAUUAUCAGAGCUUCAGGAUCUCGUGGUUUCUGAUCCCGAAUCUCAAGUGGCCGCGCUGGAACAGUUGCGCAAGGACUCGGUGACCAAGGGCACGCUCUUCGCCGAUCGAGAAAAACAGCUGAAUGAGAUCGAUAAGGAGGAGAAAAGUCUAGCUGAAGAGGAGCGACGAGCCCGUAAAAUCCUCAACACCGCCCGGAAUAUCGGAACGGUCGUCUUGGAAUUCGAUCACGGAACGAAACAAUUCGAGAAGAGAAUAGCCGAUGAGCAGAAAUGCAUCGUCGAUCUUCAGAGCGAGCGUGACCGACUGCAAACGAACGUUGAAAGCCGGAAUCAGCAGGUCAAAAAAAUGAGCGAUCAGGAAUGCUUGAAAUCGGAGACCGUUCAGAGUCUCGAAAAAGAAGACAGUGUCAAGCAGCAUGAGCUAGCUAAUGAGGCGAAACUGAAAGGACCGCUCGUCUCAGAAGAAAACAGAAUAAAGCAAGCUAUCAACGAGGUCUACGCCUGGACAGAGGAUUUCGAAGCCGCCGGGAUCGCCAGAAGCCGCAGGAAGUUCGAGGAGCACAUGAAUCGUUGGAGCCGGCAUUGUGAAGAGGUUCGAUUGUUAGAGGCCGAAUGCUUGAAGACAGAAGAGAGUCAGAACGGCAAAUACAAGAAGCUGCUAUCGUUGGUGGAAGCACUCAAAACUCUCGACUGA